GAUUCAACUCUGAUGCUUGAUUGUUCUCACAGGGUAAUAACCUGUUGUCAGCUACUUUGCGCCACAGUUUUUACCUCAUUUUCAGCAUCCAGCUGAGAAGAUAACACCAGCACCUGCUUUCCGAGGAGACCCGCUGCAUCAAUUGUCAAUAUGCAUGUGAUCAAACGAGAUGGACGCCGGGAGCCAGUUUCCUUUGAUAAAAUAACAUCUCGCAUCCAGAAGCUUUGCUAUGGACUCAACUGUGAAUUUGUAGACCCUGCCGAGAUUACAAUGAAGGUGAUCCAGGGUCUGUACAAUGGAGUGACCACAGUGGAGCUAGACACUCUGGCAGCAGAGACUGCUGCCACCCUCACCACUAAACAUCCAGACUAUGCAAGCCUGGCUGCACGCAUUGCUGUGUCUAACCUGCACAAAGAGACCAAGAAAGUAUUCAGUGAUGUGAUGGAAGACCUCUACAACUAUGUUAACCCUUUAAAUGAACGUCAUUCUCCAAUGAUCUCCAAGGAGACGUUGGACAUUGUCCUUGAAAACAAAGCUCGCCUCAACUCAGCAAUCAUUUACGAUAGAGAUUUCUCUUACAACUUCUUCGGGUUUAAGACUCUUGAGAGAUCAUAUUUGUUGAAGAUUAAUGGCAAAGUUGCUGAGAGACCCCAGCACAUGCUAAUGAGAGUGUCAGUCGGGAUUCAUAAAGGAGACAUUGAUGCAGCCAUUGAGACCUACAACUUGCUGUCAGAGAAGUGGUUCACUCAUGCUUCUCCUACACUGUUUAACGCUGGCACCAACAGGCCCCAGCUGUCCAGUUGUUUCUUGCUAGCCAUGAGGGAUGAUAGCAUUGAUGGUAUUUAUGACACGCUGAAGCAGUGCGCUCUCAUCUCAAAAUCAGCUGGAGGUAUUGGAUUGGCAGUUAGCUGCAUCAGAGCAACUGGCAGCUACAUUGCUGGGACUAAUGGCACUUCUAACGGGCUGGUUCCUAUGCUUCGUGUGUACAACAACACAGCACGUUAUGUUGACCAGGGUGGCAACAAGAGACCUGGGGCGUUCGCUGUGUACCUUGAGCCAUGGCAUUUUGAUGUGUUUGAUUUUUUGGAGCUGAAGAAGAACACAGGUAAAGAAGAGCAGCGGGCACGGGACCUGUUUUUUGCCUUGUGGAUUCCAGACCUCUUUAUGAAGCGAGUCGAAAAAAAUGAGGACUGGUCUCUGAUGUGUCCCAGUGAAUGUCCGGGAUUAGAGGAAUGCUGGGGAGAGGAGUUUGAGGAGCUCUACACUCGAUAUGAGAAGGAGGGCAGGGCUAAGCGUGUGGUGAAAGCUCAGCAGCUUUGGUACACUAUCAUUGAAUCGCAGACAGAAACUGGUACGCCAUAUAUGCUUUACAAGGACGCCUGCAACAGGAAGAGCAAUCAGCAAAAUCUGGGCACCAUCAAAUCCAGCAAUCUAUGCACAGAAAUCGUAGAGUACACGAGCAAAGAUGAGGUUGCAGUGUGUAACCUGGCUUCUAUCGCCCUCAACAUGUACGUUACACCAGAAAGGACCUUUGACUUCCAGAAACUUGCAUCUGUUACCAAAGUCAUUGUCAAGAACCUGAACAAAAUUAUUGAUAUCAACUAUUACCCAGUGCCUGAGGCUGAAAGGUCUAACAAACGUCACAGGCCAAUUGGAAUUGGUGUGCAGGGUCUGGCUGAUGCCUUUAUCCUUAUGCGCUACCCAUUUGAAAGCCCAGAGGCCCAGUUGCUCAACAUUCAGAUCUUUGAGACCAUCUACUAUGCUGCCCUGGAGGCCAGUUGUGAACUGGCAUCAGAGCUCGGCCCUUAUGAAACCUACUCAGGAUCUCCUGUCAGCAAAGGAGUCCUUCAGUAUGACAUGUGGAAUAAAACCCCAACAGAUUUAUGGGACUGGAAAGCACUGAAGGAGAAGAUUGCCAAGCAUGGUGUGAGGAAUAGUCUCCUUUUGGCCCCAAUGCCCACAGCUUCCACUGCCCAGAUCCUGGGCAACAAUGAGUCCAUUGAGGCAUACACCAGCAACAUCUACACCCGCAGGGUGCUUUCAGGAGAGUUCCAGAUUGUGAAUCCACACCUUCUGAAAGACCUCACAGAAAGAGGGCUGUGGAAUGAGGAAAUGAAGAACCAGCUUAUAGCUCAUAAUGGGUCUGUCCAGAAUAUCGAAGCGAUCCCUGAUGAUCUGAAGCAGCUGUAUAAAACUGUGUGGGAAAUCUCCCAGAAGACUGUCCUCAAGAUGGCAGCAGAUCGUGGUGCCUACAUUGACCAGAGCCAAUCCCUUAACAUUCAUAUUGCUGAGCCAAACUAUGGCAAACUGUCCAGCAUGCACUUCUAUGGUUGGAAGCUGGGCCUGAAAACUGGCAUGUACUACCUGCGGACGAAGCCUGCUGCCAACCCCAUUCAGUUCACCCUGAACAAAGAGAAACUGAAGGAGGCCCAAUCAGCUAAGAGCGUGGAGGAGGAGACUAAAGAGCGCAACACUGCAGCCAUGGUCUGUUCCUUAGCAAACAAAGAUGAAUGCCUGAUGUGUGGUUCUUAAUGGAACUUUACUACUCAAUCAUACUCCUAAACAACCUCUGUUCUUGAAACCUUUGGUGCUUUUUAUCUGUAUACAUAUGCCAUUUUCUUCAGAUUCCAAAUAUUUGCAGUUUUCUAUUUAAUAUUUGCUGAAUUUUUUUUUUACAUCAUGAAGUGUAUGUUGCAUUCAUAUUUUGUAUAGAAUGAAUAGAUUUUAAUGAAUUCAUAUUUGUCUUUAAUGUCAUUUUUGUAAUACUUGGGUCACAUUAAUGAAUUUCAGGUUGACCUGCAUUUUA